AUGGCGGAUGCAGAUGCUGACGUGAUAAAUGUCUACAGGAGGCUAAUUGACAGUCUCCUGGCCAAAGCAGAACAAGUCAACCCGGCCAAGGAGAUCGAGCCUCCGUUGACAGAAACACAGCUUGGGGACUCUAUAUGGCUUGUCCAGGGGGAAGAUGAGCAGAUCACAGAGAAACUGAGUCAGCCGAUGCAGUUCGCUGCCGUGGAGAUUGCAUUCAGGGAGAGAUUUUACAGUCUUCUUGCUAGCAUAUCGAUUGACGAUCCCAAUUUCAUUCAGAUAUGGAAUUUACUCGACAUUAUCUCCAUUUUCUCCGAUAACGAACGAUGUGAACCUGGUUUGAUAUUCUGGUUGAUUGAGGAACUGCUUGACAGCCAGACAAUUGAUGGUUGCCGCAACAUUUUUGAUUAUUUGGAGUCUCGAAGAGAACGCAACACUAAGAAACACUUCAAGCAGAAGAGUUUGAUCAUCCUGCGAUCCUGUAAUGAAUUACUACGAAGACUUUCGCGAGCAGAAGAUACAGUGUUUUGUGGCCGCGUGUUCAUCUUCCUCUUCCAGAGUUUCCCACUGGGAGAUAAAAGCGCAGUCAAUCUUCGCGGCGAAUACCAUACUGAGAAUGUGACUACAUAUGAUGAAAUCGCGCAAGCAACUAGCAGCGAACCUGAAGCGAUGGAUGUGGAUAUGCCAGAUGCCAAAGAGACAGUCACAACACCCGAUGAUCAAAAGCAAGAAAAUGAGACGCAGACGCCCGCUGAUAAAGACGACAAAGCAUCUGCGCACAACCGUCUAAAGACCCCCAAAGUGACCAGUUCUAAACUGGAUAACCAAACAAAGGAGAAACCGGUUGACCUAGAUGCACUCUACCCCAUUUUCUGGGGCUUGCAAGCUUACUUUUCCGCGCCAACCAAAGUUUUUGAUGCCCAGCAUUUCUCGAUAUUCAAAAGCGGACUGGAGGUCACAUUAUCGGCUUUUAGGAAUGUUAAUACGGAUCUUGAGACUUCGAGCAAUAGUAAAACAUCAGAGGAAAUUCGAAGGUCCACUAAACGAAAACGCAGCACAGACGGCCAAGAAAUCGCAAGCAGUUUUAAUCCCAAGUAUCUAACAAGUAGGGACCUUUUCGCCCUGGAAGUCAACGAUACAGCGUUCAGGAGACACGUCCUCGUUCAGGCCCUGAUUCUUCUCGAUUUCAUGCUUUCACUGACCUCCAAGUCUAAAGCCAAGAUAGCUGAUCUGACCAAUAAAUCAGUACUCUACGGAUUUGUACUUGGUGAUGAUGAUGCAAAAUGGGCAGUGAAAAUGAGAAAGGCUAUCGAGGAGUAUCUCCAGGAAGGCGUUGGCGGGAAAUUCUACUAUCGCAUGGUGGAUACCGUUCUGUCAAGAGACAAAAACUGGGUGCGAUGGAAGGCAGAAGGUUGCCCGUUAAUCGAAAGGGAACCAGUCUCAGUGACAGAAUACUUGGGUGCUCGUGAGCACGCAACCAAGACAUACGCCAACAAACGCAUUCGGCCUACUCCGAUGGGAUCACUUAAUCUGAAGUUUCUCUCAGAGAACGAGUCCUUGGCGGGUCUCGAGAGGCUGAAGGAACCGGAGAGGUUUGAUGUCCCGGCAGCAGAUUCUCUAGCACGGGCGGUUGAGGAUGAUGAUUUCGAUAUCGACAUGGCAAGGACAAAGGAGGAGAAGGAGAGUGCAGAGCGUGCGAAAGCGAGCAAGACUUGGCGCGUGCUGCGGCUUUCGGCGAAAACCAAACUCGCAGCCUUCGAUAAGAUCGAGGAUGGCAAAAAUCUCAAAAUCCUGUUUGAGAUUCCGCAGCCUUCUGAGAGCUCUGCAAAUGCCGCCGGGGGCACUCCACAAGCUUUAGAGUCGACUGCCAAGCCCUCCACAGAAAGCGAGCUGAAUGGGCCUGAACAGGAACAGGGAGCCAGUAAUGUCGAAAAUGGAAAUAAUGCCGUAGCCGCCGACCAAGCGGCCGGUGACGUGCACGAAGCGGUGACUGCCGAUGCCGUCGCGACGACGUGA